AUGGCUGCUACUACUACCUCGGAAUCUGGCAUGAUGCAGGCUGUUAUCUUCCACGGCCCUUAUAAAGUUGCUGUUGAGCAGAGGCCCAUUCCUAAGGUGCAGGACCCUAACGAUGUUGUGGUUAAGGUGGGAUAUACUGCGCUUUGCGGAAGUGAGCUGCACAUGUUCCGUGGCAUUGAGCCCGCUGGAACCGGCUUUAUCAUGGGCCAUGAGUUCGUGGGAGAGAUCGUUGAGUUGGGCAGCGGUGUGAAGAAUCUCCAGAAGGGUGACCGUGUCGUUACUGCGUUCACUACUUCUUGCGCGGAGUGCUUCUACUGCAAGCAAGGGUGGUCUUCUCGCUGUGAAAAGAGCAGCCUCUUUGGAUGUGCAAACCUGGACGGUGGACAGGCUGAAUAUGCCCGCAUCCCCAAUGCCGAAGGCUCCGUCAUGAAGGCCCCUGAGGGCGUGGACGAGAAGUACCUGGUGCUCAUGGGAGACAUCUUCCCCACUGGAUGGUUCGCAGCCAACAAUGCAUUCAAAAACUCCACCCCGGAGCAGAUUGCUGAGCAGACUGUUGUCCUCAUUGGUUGUGGACCCGUUGGUCUCUGUGCUCUCAUCAACGCGCUCGAGUACAAGCCCAAGCAUAUCCUGGCUGUUGACUCGGUCCCGUCGAGACUUGAGCUUGCCAAGUCUCUCGGCGCUGAGCCCUGGAACUUCCAGACAGACCGUGCUGGUCUGGACAAGCGUGUGCAGGAGUUGACGAACGGCCGUGGUGCGGACGCUGUUAUUGAAGUGGUUGGCUUGAGUCCUGCUUUGCGCACUGGGUAUGAGUUGUUGCGUCCUUGGGGUACUAUCAGCAGUGUUGGUGUUCACAAUGGCGAGAUUCCCUGGAAUGGGGAUGAUGCCUAUUCUAAGAACUUGACCGUUCAAAUGGGUCGAUGUCCUGUUCGAUCAGUUGCACCCCAGGCUCUGGAGGUGCUGAAGAACAACCAGCAUAAACUUGGCUUCAUGCUCGAUAAGGUUAUGCCGCUUUCGCAGGCGGUGGAGGGCUAUGAGCUGUUUAACGCGAUGAAAGUGCAAAAGGUUGUAUUCCUAGCUGGACAGUAG